AUGCCUCGCACGGCGUUGCCUCCAACGCCGGCCUCUUCUACCGAUAUUGCAGGAGAGGAUGGAACCAAGCAGUUAUCGCAAUUGCAGAUGGCCUUCGAACUGCCUCCUCCAGCCAUAAAGUCACGCACCGCCAGCUCUGACACAGACAAAAUGGACAUUCCUGCCUCCCCAGAAUCCCCAGUCUCACCGAAGGCCCCAUAUAGGAUACAACCCAGUGAGGCUGUCAAGGCGAGGCGGCGACCUCCCGCCGCCGCCAACGCCGCCGCCGGCAACAAGGACGGCAACUUCGCGUUGCCGCCGCCUCCCACGAGAUCUCGUAAGAUCAUCCAGAUGAAACCCCGACCUCAGGAGGAGAAGAAACCCGCGGAACCAGUGACGGCCACUAAGGGCACAGCCAGCACAGCCGGUGCUAAGAGAACCGCUGCUGCCCCGGCCGCGAGCGAGGCCGUGCCAGCAAAGAAGAAGCAGCCAUCCGCAACCAGCGCCGCAGGACGGAAGAUCGCCAGGAAGACGGCACAUAGCCUCAUCGAGCGGCGACGGAGAUCCAAGAUGAACGAGGAAUUCGCCGUCUUGAAGGAUAUGAUACCAGCUUGUACCGGCGAGAUGCACAAGCUGGCUAUUUUGCAGGCCUCAAUUGAAUACGUCAGAUACCUGCAGGACUGCGUCGAGAAGCUCAAGUCGCAGAGAGAGCUGCCAAGCCAGACCGCCCCCGAGAUGGAAGGAAUACGUACCCCAUCAGGCCGAGAGCCAUAUGACCCGGACUACGAAUACCGUCAGGCAUAUCCCGGGGAGCAGCACUCCCCAGACGUCGAGAUGACCGGCUCAGACGACGCGCCCUCGCCGACAUUCACCACCCGCCCCUCCUCCGCCACAACCUCGGCAUCCCACCAACACUCCGCCUCGCCGGCCCUGGUGCCCCAGGAUCCCUCGAUGGGCCGCCACGACUCGUACGUGUCCCUCUCGGCGGCCGCGGUGGAGCACCACAGGCACUACAGCUACAGCAGCGCGACGACGUCGCCCGCGUUCGGCCCGCAGGUCGGCGGCUACGGCGCGGCUGGCUACGCGCCGAGCAACCACUCGGCCGCCGGGUCGACGCUGACGAGCCCGGCGCUGGGCCCGAUGCGGGAGCGGGACUUGGACCAGGAGGCCAUGGCCGCGCUUCUGAUGCUGAACAAUGACCGGCGGGGGACGGUAUCGAGUACAAAUGGUGGGUCCAACGCCGCCGCCAGUAGUGGUGCUAGUGGUAGUGGCUCUGGGAGGGGAAUGAGUGUAAGGGAUCUGUUGAGUGCUUGA